AUUUUCCUGUCAAACAGUGAGAGAACAGAGAACAGUGAUAACCUCAGCGGUGACUGGUGUUGACUUAUGGCCCAUGGUCCCACAUCAUUCCAUCCAGAUGGCAGAAAAUUAUACAGUAGAGACUUUCAGAGUAUGUAUGAAACUUUCAAAAUACUUUUUAAAUGUCCCUGUGUUCAUGAUAAACUUGACUUCACUGGCAAAAUGGAAACUUUUUUCCAACUUGGUUUUUCUCUCUCCCCGUUUUAGAAAUAGAAUCAGAUUUCCUCAGCAUUACAGAUGACACACACACACACACACCACCCAUACACCUUUAAAGAUAUGGAACACAAAUUGUGGCAGCGUAAUUGACGUUAUGAGUGGAUGAUUUUCAUUAGUAUUAUAUGACAUAAUAGCUUGUGGAGUUGUUUGUGUAAAUGGAGGACACGACAUGAAUUCAUAAUCCAGACAGCUGUCACAACACAACGUGUUUUAAAGGCCAUUCAGUGAGAAGGCACACCUUCCCCUCGAGUCCCAGCUCUUUUCCAGCUCUGAUGACAAAAAAGCAGCUGGAGCGACGCGUGUCUACGGACAGGGAAUCAAACAGUGGAGGAGCCGUUCCACUUUUGUUCCGACUGUUUACACAGGAUCUCUGAGGGAUACGCUCAACUCCCAGUGUAUUUAACUAUGCAAUGGUAUUAUGGCACACUUAUUGUGGGUCGUCCACAUUGUCUCGUAGUGUGCCUUCGUAUGGAUGAUUGUCACAGACAAGCCUAUAUAAGUGUCACGUCAGGCUGGAAGGUAAAGAAGGAGACGUCAGGAGGGGAACUCAGUCAUUCUGCAGUUAUUAGUUAUUAUAUGUGAAGCCUAAUAGUCCUCAUAGAUUCCUGCAGUGAUGCUUUCAGGAACAUCAUUUACCCACACCCUGGGCAGGGCAGUCUUCUUGCAGGUUUUACUAACAGCUGGAUGUGGCGAUGCAAAGUCCGGCUGCACAAACCGCAGAUGUCUGGCUGAAAUGCUGAUUAAAAAAAACUACUCGUCUCAACCACAGUAUGAAAACUGCACCCGGAUAAUACACGUGCCUUUAAUUGAGUAUCAAACUCUGGCAGUUGACACGAAGAAUCUCCGCCUAAUUAGUCGCCUGCAAGCAACACUUAUCUGGAGAGAUCCCGAGUUGAAGUGGAACACGUCAGUUUACGACUAUAGUGAAGUGAUCCUGCCAGUUAGUUCAAUCUGGACCCCAGAGAUCCAUGUAACAAACGGAAUCUUAACAAAUAUGCAGCACAGCUCGCAGGACCUGCUGGCGUACAGUAACGGCACCGUGAGACACUCUGUGAUCAUAAACGCUGAGGUGAACUGUGAAGUCAAUCUGUUCAACUAUCCCUUCGCCGCUGAUGCUUGUCCUGUCGCCAUCCAAAGCUGGUCCAUUGACGGAUGUGGUUCAGAGCUGGCACUGGGUGACCUGAAGAUGGUCGACAGCACCCACGGAGACUGGAAAACUGACAGUGUGUACUUGCAGAAAAAGAGGGACGACCGCAAUUACAUCUUGGUGGCACUGAGCAUCAAAUAUACCAACCCCUUCAUUACAUUACUGCUGCCCACCAUUCUCAUCGUCUUGGCCGAUGUGGUCAGCUUCUCCCUGCCACUUGGAGGCGGCGAACGCAACUCGUUCAAGGUCACGCUGGUGCUCAGCUUCACCCUGUUCCUCGGCAUCCUCAACGACAAGCUGCCGGGAGACAGCCAGUGCAGCCCCAUCAUCCGAACCCACUUCUGCGUUUGUCUGGUGCUCCUGGUAUUGAGCAUGCUGGUGUCUCUGGUGCUGACACGCGUGGCCAAAGAUGGCGGCAUCAUUUUGUGCUGCUGUUCCAAGCUGGCAGGCCCAAAGAAGACGGGAGACGGUGAAGACAUAGAGGAUGAGGAAGCCACAGCAGACAUCAGUGUCGUUCAGCUGAACGGUCCAGAUGACACUAAUAAGAUGCUCAGAAAGGUGGUGAACUUCCUGCAGGCUUGUGAAGACAAGGACGCGGAAAGUGAGAGACGUCAGAUUAUUGCCAACGCAUUGGACAGGACUUUCUUCUGGUUCUAUUUAAUUUUUGGCUCGGUGUACUUCUGUUCUAUGACUUAUGUGAUGGUGAAUUACACAUGCACAGUUAACCAUUUUGAUUUCUGGUACUAAUAUUACAGUGUGUUUUCGCGUGUCUAAAACAAAAAAAGAAUGGCUAAACUAAUUUCAGCGCACAUUUAUUAUAUUCAUUAAAUGUAUUCAGCCUCAAGAUCAGUCAAGUAUUGUUAGGCUGAUUUGUACAU